UCACAGAGCAGUCCUCGAUUACCUUUAUGCCACCGGUUUUACAGAAUCGUUCAAUGCCCUCAAAUCGGAAGCAAAUCAAAGGGAUUUCAAUCCGGAUCCUAAACAAAAAUAUUCCGGGUUGCUAGAGAAAAAAUGGACCUCAGUCAUUCGAUUACAGAAAAAAAUAAUGGACUUGGAAGGCAAGAUUACACAACUGCAAGAAGAACUUAAUAACGCUCCUCUUAGAGGAAAGAUUAAUAAAUCGGAUGAUUGGGUGCCACGAGCUCCUGAAAAAUAUUCGUUAACAGGACAUAGAAAUCCAGUUACACGCGUUACAUUUCAUCCAAUAUUUUCC